GGGCGACAAUCGUAUUGCCUGACGAAAGGAGCUGGCUCUGUUGGAAUUCUAUUACAGUGUUAGUGCUACCGUUUUCUGCCCGUUUGUUCAGUUUUAGGAUUCUCGCUCCCACGUUGGAUGUUCGUUCGGUCCGGAAAACUGUAAAUUCCACUGAUGCUCCUGCUCUAAAUCUCGCUCUCGCUCGCUGUCUCUGUCCCAGCUCCUGCUUCUGUUAUUGUAAUAACAGACCAGAAAAAACCAGAAAAAUAGUAAAGUAAAACAAAACGCAAAGCACAAAAGCAUGCAACGGUAAAUUGCAUUGUUGUCUGUCAAGGACAAAACAAAACGCCCUGCUAUGUAGCACCGCGCGUGUACAUGUGACUGUGCGAGAUAGUGUGUGUACGGUUGCGCGCGUGUGUGUGUGUGUGUGUGCAUUGAGCAAGGCAUCAGCAGCGACAAAAUAAAACAAAAACAACAAGAACAUAAUGUGACACAAAUAUCAGCAGCAGAGAAGCAGCAGCAGCAGAGAGAAAGCAGAAACGAAAGCAAAUCAAAGGAACAAAUCACACACGAGGCUGAACGGAGAACGGAGGCUGCCACCAACCACCAACCACCACCUACCGCCACCUAUCUCCAUCAUCCUCCCUUCUCCUCCCCUUCGCAUUGAGCGGACAUUUGGCGCCAGUCCGGGCAGCGAAAGAGCUGGGAGUACCAUGUGGCUUUACGCUUCGCUGCUCUCCUCCUCCUCCUCAUAUGCCUCCCCAUGCCCUUUGUUAGUGCUGCAGUUGGUCCUCUUGGCGGUGGGCCUUCUCCCCCUGCAUGUGACGGCUCGGUUUUUGUGCGAAGGCGGACACAUCUGUUCACUGCCCCGCGACUGCUGCACCCAGGGCUGUUGUCCCGCCUACCAGGGCGGACCCCGACCAUUGCCCCCGCCCUCGGAGCACGUCCUUAAUCUCUUCUUCAUCAGCCACUGGUUCUUCUGGUGCGUCGUGGUCGCCAUCAUCUUGGCCAUACUCUGUGCGUACUCGUUGUGGAAGAAGCGCCGCACUUUGUGUGGCUGGGGCUUCAACGAGCAUCACACCCAGUCCGAGGGCGACUCGGCCGGGUCCUGCUAUGCCCCUCCGCAGUACAGUCGCUGUAAUUCGUUCCACCACCCGCCUCCACCAUAUACAGAGGUCACGUCCAAGCCGGAUCUCUAUCCUCUGGUCUUCACCUGCAACAGCGACAACGGCAAGGGCAACGGCAACGGCAGCUCCAGUUACCUCAUGGUCCAGUACUUCCGAAACUACAUUGUGCGUCCGGCUGGCUCGUUGAGCGCCGCCAGCACUGUGGACUCGCUCAGCUCAAGCUUCAUCUGCAAUGCAAACGAGGCGAACACCAUGGUUCCGCCGCCAUAUUCCCGGGCAGCCAGUCCGGAGCUGGGCCUCCACCACUACCUGGCGCAUGCCCAUGGUCAUGGCACCCGCAAUGCGGAUCAUCCGGGAGCACUACAGCUGCCACUGGGGCCGCCACCGCUUACCGCAGCCCACCAGUAUGGUCUGCCACGCUCUGCCUCCCAGUUGGUGGAGCCGGAUAUGUACCUGCCACGUCAGACAGGGGCUAUUCAAUCCCAGUCCCGGGCACAUGCUCAAGCGCAGGCCCAAGCCCAGGCCCAACAUUAUGCUACGGUGGCCCUCGGCAGUGGCACUGGCGGUGGUGGAGCGGCCAUGUACAGUACGCGGCUGCAUGGCUCACACGAGGAGGGAGUCAGUGGCCUGGUCAGUGGUACCGGGGCUGGUGUGGGCUACCUACAGUCGCAGAGCGACCAGCACUUCCGCUAUAUGGCCAACAGCAGCAGCAGCCUCAGUGAUAUCUUCGUGAACAACAGCUGUGUGGCAGGCCUAGGUGGAGCAGCAGGCGCAGGAAUGGCCCUCGGAGGAGGCCCCAGCAUUGAAAGUGUAGCCGCCACACAGGCUGCUUCCCUGUGCAGCCUGGCAGUCGGAGGCGGUGUCGGCACACCGGUGAUCUUCAGCAAUGGCUGCAUCCAACCUAAUCCCCUUCACAGCCUGGAGAACUGCUGCCAGCACUCCAGCAUGCCAGUCGGAAUGGUGGACCGGGACCCCACCUCAGGUCUGGGGCCAGUUGGCACUGCCAGCACGGCGUCGGGAGUGAGUAGUCUGGCCAACAUCGGGACACCGGUCUCACCGCCACAGGCCACCAGUCCAACCGGGGAGGUACGCGAGAUUCUCGACCAGAUCCGUCAAUUGCAGGCGGGCGUCAGCUACGAACAUCUCCUGUUGAGCGGGACGGGAACGGGAGCGAAGCCACGGCUACAGCACACGCUAUCCACACCCUCAUCUUCGCAGGCCCCGCAGCCCACAGCGAUGUCGACCUCUGCCUCUGGCUCCAGUGCAGUCUACGCUUGCGCCUCUGGAAAGAGUAAAAAGUUAUUUGGAUCGAACAAGGCGCCGCCACCUCCCAAUAAGGCCUUGUAUAUACCGAUGGCCGCCAUGGGACCAGGAAUGGGAAUGUCGACUGGAACAGCACAGCGCUGUUUGCUGAAGAGCCCCGUCAGCAGCGUGGUCAGUGGUGCCAGUUUCUUUGUGAACCGAGGACGCGUGGCCCGCAAGGGCUGGAUCACGCGCUCGGCACCCACUACGCCGGGAAGCGCCUUGCCUCCCAAUCGGCUGGGCGACGAUAGCCCGCUGUUGCUCAACGAGCACGAUGAGGACACCAUUGACGAUGACAACGAGGACUUAGACAUUGAGACGGAGACGGAGACAGAAGCUGAGGCCCAUGAUCAUCGACGACUGGCGCAUCGUCAGCCGCAUCGCCACCAUCGACAUGGGCAGCGUCGGCGGAAUGGGCAGAUUGAAUAAUAUUAAGCGGGGGCAGAAGAUCAGAGUCAGUUUGUAGAUUUUGUUGUAGCUCAAGAUUCGGUUCUCCCUAGUAUUAAGCUUUUAUACGAUUCGGGUUCGGAUUCGGAUUCGGGUUCAGAUACUGAUGUGGAAUCUCAUUCGGUAUCUGAUUGGGGAAAGCGCUUAGUGAAUUUUCCGGCACUGGCGGCUUGAGGUUGGAACACGUUUUUAGUCUGAAAACCGUUCAAAAUGCGGUGGGAAACCAGAAAGGAUGGAUUCCAGUAAUGAGUCCCGAAAUUAGGUGCGUUACACAUAGGUAAGGAUCCUUAAACAUCGAUAAUUUAUGACGAAACAUACGUUCGUCUGCAAGUUUCUCAGAAAAUUGUAUUUUUUUCAAUAAAAUAAAAUAUGUUCCAACAGGCCGAAUAUUUAUAUAUGUACUUAUAUGUAUGUUCAAAUAAUGUCUUCGAAUUCAAGUGUCUUUCGUUUUACAACAAAUCCUCAACUUAUUCAAAACUAAGAAAUAACAAAAACAAAUUUUUUAUUCAUUUAUAUAUAUUUUAAAAUGAUGAAAUGUUGAACUGCGAAAAAUUUCACAAAAGAUUUAAACGGAUCUAGUAGGUAUAUUCUAGCUCUCGGAUUGAACCAAUCCCAAAGAAAGAACAAAAAUUGAUCGCCUACAAAUGUUUUGUAAUUACAUUUUAAGAGCUCGUUCAAAUCGAACACAAGCAAAAAGAACAAACCGAAAAACGAAGAGAGACACAUAUUGUACUAAUAGGGGACUGCUUGAAGAAAUAAUUAUAUUCUAAAUGCUUUGAGAUAUGUAUGUACAUAUGUAUUUAUGUAAAACUGUGUAGGCAUUCGGUUGGAUAUUAAAGAGAAAAUAAUAACAAAACCAAAAAUAAAUAAA